AUGUGCAUUUCAUUCCAUGAUGAAAUAGGGGGCGAGCCCUUCACCAUAUUGGGCAACAAAUUCCGAGCUGGUACUGACUAUAAAAAAAACAAUAUUACUUUACCAGACCCAGGGAUGGAACUCAAGACCUCAGCUCUUAGUCGUACCGGGAAACGUAUUCAUAGGGAGUUGCUAUUUCCGGAGCCAAUUCGAGCAUUUGACCAGGACAUAGGCGUACAGGCUGCAGAGAAAGAGAUAGAUCUUGAAGCCGAGACCGGAUUACCGGGAAACACGUUCGUACUACAAAUUCAAGCAUCACAAGUGGACAAUCCGUUGAAGGCUGCUCAAGCGAGGGUUGAGAUUAAAAUACUAGACCUUAACGACAACCUGCCCGAAUUUGAAGUGGACUUUUACAACAUCAGCAUAGUGGAGAAUCUGCCAAAUGGUUUCAGCGUUCUUCAAGUAAUGGCGACAGAUAAAGACCAAGGCGAAAAUGGAGAGUUCACUUAUCAACUCAAUGAUCAAGAAGGCGCUUUCUCUAUAGAUCCUAGAACGGGUUGGCUAACUGUUAGAAAUCAGUCAGUCUUAGACAGAGAAGUCCACUCAUCAAUAAGAAUGAAAGUAUUCGCGAAAGAGAAAAAUCCAAGCAUAGUUGGAACCUUUUUAGAUAAGCAGCGAGUCGCAAAAUGGCGUCGGCAACCCACUACAACUAGAACACCAGUAUCAAAGAACAAAACAACAUACGUAUUCCCAGACAAACUUGGUCCUAAAAAAGAAAACAUAGAAUAUCUUGAAGAUGAACUCAUGUCUUAUGUUAAAGUCGAAGUAACGUUACUAGAUGCCAAUGACAACAAUCCAACAUUCGUGCCGAGUAACUUAUACGAAUUUACAAUAAAAUCAAAUGCUAAGGUUGGGUCUUUUAUUGGUAAAGUGAAGGCUGUUGAUCCUGAUUUGGGAGGAAUGGUAUGGUGCUGUAUGAUUUACAAAGAACUAGUAAUUUGA